AUGUGGGACUACUAUGAAGGAAAAUCACUCUUCGUGACAGGUGGAUCUGGCUUCUUAGGUACAGCUAUUGUCCAUCGCCUGCUCACUAGCACAUCCACGCUGCGUAUCUAUCUGUUAUGUCGGGGCGGCAUAGACAAACUGCGAGCUCGAUGGAUGGAAUGGCUGCCGGCAAGCUCAGUGGAGAGUUUUUGCAGCUCAAAUCGCCUGAUUGUGUUCGAUGGCGAUAUACUCCUACCUGACUUAGGGCUCUCAGAGGAGAUUUUAGACAUCAUAAGGGAUAACGCUAGCACCAUUAUUCAUGCCGCCUCAUCCAUCAACUUAAGGUCGCCCUUAUCCAAGCUAUUUGGUAGCAUCGUCGAUGCCAGUGAUAAGAUGGUUGACUUGGCUCUUACAUGCAAAAGGCUCGAGUGCUUUGUCUACGUCUCCACUGCCUAUGUGAACACUCAUCUCUACCCUAAGAGCGACGAGCCAGAUUUGAAGAUUGAUGAAGAGAUAUACGAGCUUUCGACUCCAUCCAAUGUUCUUGACGAAGUAAAUGAAGUGCGAAAGCGUGGCACAAGUCGAGCAUAUGAAGCAGAAAACUUCCCUUGGGCAUAUGCUUAUGCCAAACACCUGACAGAAAGACUGGUACAUCAUCGAUUCAUGGAGCAUACUUGGAACAGCAAGCUACUCAUUGUGCGUCCUUCGAUAAUCGGUCCAGCUCAGUGCCUACCAUUUCCAGGGUACAUGAUGCCUAUGUCGUCACCGAGCACAAUGCUGGCGGCAGCCUUGGCCUUGUCUCCAUCACGAAAGGUGAAGAUUGCAACGAUGAAGGAUAAUUCACACUGGACCUCAGACGAAGUCCCUGUUGAUGUUGUUGUUGAUCGCAUGCUUUGUCAUCUCGCCAUGGGGACAUCUGGGUGCAUUCACGCAGUUAGCGGGAUAAAAUCGCGCAUUGUCUUCGAUGAAUGGAGGGAGUCGCUAAUGAAGCUGCGACGUAUUCCCUGGGGCUUACACCCCCAUCCAAUCAAAGGUGACUGGAAGUCACGCAAUCAGCAUCCGAUCAUUCGAUUCUACGCAAUCCUCGCAACUUCCUUCGACUUCUCAGAGGAUCGGACUACUGGAAUGUUACAGAACAUCGCUUCGAAAGAGCCCUUAGACCUACAGAAAGAGGUAUCUGAUUUGCAACUGUUCACGAAAAUUGAUAUGUCUACAAGUCUGCCGUCACGGGUUGAAGGAAUUCGCUAUGUCAUGGAUCAGUUUUCCCGCAAGAGCGAAGCGGCAAAGCUAAUACUGUUGUUCUUGUACUCGGAUUUU